AUGCACUCCACAGGACAUGUAGCCAGCUCUAGUGCAUUGCCUGUUGGAUCAUCGUCAGCAGUGCCAGUGGUUGCACGCGAGUCAGACUUAGUGGCUUCACCAUCGUUUGCCGUCAAUCUGAAUCGAAGUUGUGAUGCAUUAGUUGGUGACGCUGGAGCGUUGGAAGACGGUGAUUUCGCGGCAUGCAGCUCUUCUCUGUGUGUUCCGGUAAUUGGAGAGGUUGUAGCACCUGAAGGGGUGGAGGAUGCAUUGCAGGAUGCUGAUGAUGAUGAUGAUGUUGAUGUAGAGCCCACAACGAUUGCUGCGGAUGAUAGCGAUGAGGAGACUCCACGGACGACUCCACCUGUCGGCGGGGGAGCAUAUAGUUCAGGUACUAAUCAGUACCCUCCCCCCCUCCACUUCUCUACUCUGGACUUGGAUGCCAUGGCGCCUCAGGAAGAUCCGUCUGUACCUGUUGGUUUCGGGGCGAGAGACUCGCAAAAUGCAGGAGGCGUGUCUGAGUUUCAGAUCGGCCAGCAGUUUCAGGAUAAGGAGGAAGUUGUGCUUAGCGUGAAGACCUAUAGCAUUCGCCGCGGGGUUGAGUUCAAGGUCUUGGAGUCGGAUCACCGCAAGUACUAUGGCAAGUGCAAGGAGUUCAGGAGCGGGUGUGUAUGGCUAAUCCGGAUCAGCCUCCGUCAGCGCAAGGAAAUUUGGGAGGUAAAACGGUACAAUAGUCCUCAUAUUUGUCUAGCCACAUCGAUCUCUAGUGACCACAGAAAUCUUGAUUAUCAUGUCAUAUCGGCUUUCAUUAUGCCCCUGAUCAGAGCUGAUGCUGCAACAUCGAUUAAGAUCACUUUGCCGGGCAGUGUAGCUGUGCUAAGGACGAGUCCUGUUCCAGUGGGUGGGCAGUUGGAUGAUUCUACAGCUUUUUUCCAUCGCUUGUUUUGGGCAUUCCCACCAUGUGUUGAGGCAAAUAGUUCGCAUGACUAA